GAGGGGCCGGCGGGCCCGGGGCGGCGGCGGGGGGAGCGGGACACCCCUCCCUGCGGGCGGCGCGGCGCGGGAGCCCCACCGCCUGACAGCUGGGCUUCCGCCGCUCUGCGCCUGCCGAAAAUCCGGUUGUAUGAGUUUAUCGCAUUAAAACAAAACAAAGGGAUCUGAAGUCGCAAGAAGGUUAAAAGCGAAGGCUGCGGUCCUGCGCGCGUGCCGAUGCAGAAGUGGGUGCCCCUCAUCGCCCCCCCUCCAAACCAACAGCCGACUUGUUUUUGCUGUCAUAGCACAUAGCCUGUUGUUGCAGAAUCUGCUAGAGUUGUAUGCUAACUUUGUGUCCGCAGGAUGUGCCACUAUUCUAGCCUUGCACUUUUGUGACUCAAAAGCAAAGUGAGUCGUUUGGGUAGAGCAGAAAAAACAUCUUUUGCUCUGACUGUUAUUGUUGUUUCACAGUUUUAGGAGAGUGCAGAAAUGUCUCCCUUCGAAAAUAAAGCACUGAUACUGGGCAUAAUGGCAGGGACUGCUGGAAUAAGCCUGAUGCUGAUUUGGUACCGUAAGAUCCGAAAACCUGGUGCAGCUGUGCACGUACCUGCGUUCCUAGAUGUAGGUAACAGGCUUAAUUCUGUGGGCCUCCAAAAUGAAGCUCCUGCUGAGCAAGGAGUAGUAAUGGUUUUACAUGGAAGGCAACUGCAGAUGCUGGAAAAAUUGAAUGGCUUGCUAGUAAGUGUGGAUGAACUGAAGAGAGAGGUGAAAUUUCUGAAAGAAGCUAUUCCAAAGCUUGAGGAGCUUGUUCGAAGUGAGCUUCAAAGGAAGAGAGAUGUUCAGAGAGUUAGCCCAUCACACAGAGCAACGAAGCGGAGAAAAGCUUCCGGUGCAGCAGAAACUACCAGCUCUGAGGAGGCCGAAAGUGAAGGAGGUUAUCUUACAGCUCAUACUGAUUCUGAAGGAGAGUUUGAGGAAGAAAAGGGAUGGAUGAAAUCACCUGAUACCAUUGUGAAAUCAGAAGAGGAAGAGUUAUUUAAUCUUUUACAGCAGGUGGACAAUUUGCACAAGGGUUCAGAAGAUGAUAAAAAGGAGGGCUUCAGACUGCUGAUCGAGAAAGGUGACAAGUAUGAAAACUACGUGGACUUUCUUUGGAGACUUGCACGCGCUUAUGGAGAUCUGUUUGAGAUGACUACUGAUGCUGGGGAGAAGAGGAAAUACGUUACUGAUGGAAAGAUUAAAGCUGAAAAGGCUGUUCAGCUGGAUGCCAGGAGUGCUGAGAGUCACCAGUGGUUUGCAAUUAUGUGUGGCUAUAUGUCUCAGUUUGAAAGUGUACAAAACAAAAUCAGGAAUGGUUAUCUCUUUAAGGAGCACCUAGACAAAGCAAUUGAACUUAAGCCUCAAGAUCCUCUUCUGUAUUACCUAAAUGGAAGAUGGUGCUAUUCAGUAGCUCAGUUGUCUUGGAUUGAAAAGAAAGUAGCUGCAGCUCUCUUUGGGACUCCACCAACUUCAACAGUAGAAGAAGCAUUGCAGAAUUUCCUUAAGGCAGAAGAAAUGCGUCCAGGAUAUUCCAAAUGCAAUUAUGUGUAUUUGGCAAAGUGUUAUAAAGAUCUUGGCCAGAAAAACAAUGCACUGAAGUACUGUGAUUCUGCACUGUCAGUUCUCUCAGUUACUAAUGAGGAUAAAGAGGCCCAGAAAGACUUAGAGGCUUUACUUCUCACAUUGAAGCUGUGAUACUGUACACUCUUCACGCUGAUAAAAUUGCAAAACUAAAAUGGGAAUCUACAGUGAAUGGGAACUGCGGGUGAAUUCCGGCUAAUUCAUCGAUCUUAGCUGGCUUGGAUCAUGGCCUUUAAGCAUCUGGUGAUUAUGAUAUGAAAAUGAUGCAUUCAUUUUUGAUUAUUUAUAAUCUUGUACUGAAGUUUAAUUUUAGAUUGCUGACACUGUGAGUCUGAUUCUCUGAAUAUGAAGUCCACUGCUGGCAAUGGACAUACUGGGGGUUAGAAUGCAAAAUGCAUAAAUCUCACUCUUUGAAAGAUCAACUGACUAGUAUGUGAUGCCAGCAUAGAACUGUGUGUAGCAAAACCAAAAUGUUUCUAUAAUAAAUUAUAUUUGUAUCAAGUAAUUUACACAGAUGUGUACAAAAAAAUCAUGAAUGUUUAUGUUUGCACAUUACUCUUAUAAAAUUAGAAUCUCAUUGAAGUUAAAGAAGAAGCUUUUGUCUCCAGAAAGCUGUUUUUACUUAAACCUACUGUUGGUUUUACAUGGAAAUGUGAAAACUUUAUAAAUUAAAUAUUAAAAUUAUAUUUUAUUUGUAACAUCAAGUACAAUAUUAAAAAUCAGACCAAUGAAA